CAACAGCAGCAGCAGCAGCAACAGCAACAGCAGCAGCAGCAACAGCAGCAGCAGCAGCAACAACAGCAGCAACAACGUCAGCAACAUCAGCAACAACACCAGAAACAGCAGCAGCAUCAUCAACAGCAUCAACAACAGCAGCAUCAUCAACAGCAACAGCAUCAGCAACCGCAACAACAGCAUCAACAACAGCAUCAACAACAACAGCAUCAACAACAACAUCAACAACAACAUCAACAACAACAACAACAUCACCAACAACAGCAACAGAAUCAAAAAAAUCAGCCUCAACAGGUCAUUUUCUCCUCUCAGCAGUACGGUGAUCCAUCAUGCUCUUCGCAGCUUUCACCUUACGGCUCAGUAUCAAACGGUAACACACAGCCAAUAAGUUCAAAUAAUAGUUUAUCUCAUAUUGGUGGCGGAAGCGGCGUUCCUUCGUAUCAAACACCCUAUUCCAGCUCUCCAUACAGUGGAAGCGGUAACAUACCAGUAUCUACUGCAGGCUCACUUCCGAAUUUUAUGCCCAGUCUUAGUGCAUCAUCUGUUUAUGGAAUGGGCAUUACCAGUGCUAACCUACAACUUCAACCUCAGAGAAACCAGUCAAAUUCAAACUUACCUACACCUGCUCAAUCAAGCUCAAGAUCGUCACACAUUUCAAUCGGCCAGUAUAGCUCAUCUCCAAAUUCGACUAUGUUAUCUCAAUUUUCCACGCCACAAUCAAACUCUCAAAAUUUGCCAGCCGCUACCAGUGGGCAAGCAAUAUCUUCCGCCACACCACAAACUCCUAAUUUUCCACCUUACAAUACUCAGACUGGGCCAACCAUGAUUUCACCCCUAAGCCUUGACCCAGAAGCUUGUGAAAAGGAACGAGUCAAAAUACUACUGAAAAUAAACAAGGAGCUCUUGCUUGAAGUCAUACGUCUACAAUCUAUUCAUAAUGAAGCCAAAGAAGAAGUGACUAAUAUUUCUACGAACCUGGAGUUAUCAGACAAAGAAAAAACUAAAGGACCUGCUUCCUCGCGGUAUUACUUUGAGUGCAUGCGUCGUCUACAGGCCAAUCUCGCCUAUCUUGCUGCUAGAACAGACAGGAGUAAAUCUUCAAAUCAGCUACCCACUCAUCCUCAGAUUAUGAGUGCACCUACUUUGACAUCAAGCAAUAACCCGCCAGUUCAAGGUUUAAAUCCAUCGCAUACACCAGAGACUAAGAGAGAGAAUGAAGAUACUGAAGCUGAUGUCGACCGUCUUGAAACCUUGAAAGAGUAUUACAAGUCGCUUCAAGCACUCUUUCCUAGUGUCGACCCUCGGAAAGAUUCCCUCCCCAAUACAACUGGAAGAGUUCAGCCACAAAAGCAAGCAAUCCUCGAUCAAAACGUACAGCAAAAAAUGCAAAACGAGAUGUUGCGACAGAAAAUGAUACAGGCUCAGCAAGCCCCACAAAACCACAAGCAAAUGAGCCACAGUCAACAGCAGCAGCGUUGA